CUGGCUGUGUGACGCCACUUCUCGCGAGAUGAGACUUGCGCUUGAGCCUUAGUUGCCCGGCAGGAGCCGAGGACCUGGGACAUGUAAGCGGUGUUGGGGACAUUUAAGCAGCCACAGUGACAAGGAAAUUGGCCCUGUCUGCUAACAUGAAAUUCCUAUGCCAUCCUUAGAGAAACAAGAAGAAUGUCUCUGAUGAAUGAGAAUAUCACCUAACCAAUGAAACACUUGGCACCAUUUUUGAUGUUGAUUGCACGAUACAGACUGUAGUGGCCCUAACAAAAAGACUUCUGUGGAAUGAAGCUCCAGCGGGUACAGCUGAAGUGUAAGAAUUUGCAUGAGUUUCUUCAGGAACUCAGCCCAGGGGUGCUCGAUCAAUUGUACAACCAUCCAGCAACAUGUUUGGCUGUGUUCAGGGAACUCCCAGGACUGGCCAAAAAUUAUGUGAUGCGUAUGCUAUUUCUGGAACAACCCUUGCCUCAAGCUGCGGUUGCAUUAUGGGUUAAGAAGGAAAAUUUCAAGGAGCAUGAGGAGAAUACACAAGUCCUGACUGGGUUACGGCUUUGGCACACACAGCAGCUUCCUGGUGGGCUACAGGGUCUGAUUCUCAAUCCAAUCUUUAGAGAAAAUCUUAAAAUAGCUCUGCUUGGCGGGGGAAAACCUUGGGCAGAUGAUGGUUGCCUACUAGGCCCUGAUAAACAUGGAAAAGAUGUGGUCUCGUUGGAUAAGUAUGCAGAAGAGAGAUGGGAGGUUAUUUUACAUUUUAUGGUUGGGUCUCCAAGUGCUGCUGUUAGCCAGGACUUGGCACAACUGCUUAUACAGGCCGGCCUUAUGAAAAGUGAGUCUGGGGAAGCCCCCUGUAUUUCAUCAGCUGGCUUCCAAUUUUUGCUUUUGGACACACCUUCUCAGCUCUGGUAUUUUAUGCUUCAAUAUCUCAAAUCCGCAGAGUCUCGUGGGAUGAUUCUGGUGGAAAUACUCUCCUUCAUGUUCCAGUUAAGCUUCUCAACAUUGGGAAAGGAUUACUCUGUGGAAGGGAUGAGUGAUUCCUUACUUACUUUUCUUCAACACUUGCGUGAAUUCGGCCUUGUGUUUCAAAGAAAGAGAAAGUCCCGCCGUUACUAUCCAACACGUCUGGCUAUAAACCUCGCAUCUGGAAUAUCUGGAUCAGUUGUUGACAGCCAUAAGCAAGGGUUUAUUGUUGUGGAAACAAACUACAGAAUAUAUGCAUACACAGAUUCAGAGCUGCAGAUUGCUCUGAUUGCCCUGUUUUCUGAAAUGCUGUAUCGCUUCCCAAACCUGGUUGUGGCACAGGUCACUCGAGAGAAUGUACAGCAAGCUAUAGGAAAUGGCAUCACCGCUGAGCAGAUAAUCCAUUUUCUGAGGACAAGAGCACAUCCAGUGAUGUUGCAGCAGAACCCAGUGCUUCCACCAACAAUUACUGACCAAAUUCGACUGUGGGAACUGGAGAGAGACCGUCUACGUUUCUCUGAAGGUGUCCUGUACAACCAGUUUUUAUCCCAAGUGGACUUUGAACUUUUGAGAAAUUAUGCACGAGACCUUGGAGUGCUGGUGUUUGAGAAUCCAGCCAAGCGUGUGAUGGUGGUGACACCUGGAGGACAUUCUGAUGUUAAGCGCUUCUGGAAACGCCAAAAGCACAGCUCCUAAGCUUUACAUGUCAUGGUCACUCUGGGUGAAACAACUGUAACUUUUAUAUGGGGUCUUCCAGUUUUGUGACAAAAAAACUAAUAUUUACUAUCAUUUGCUGCUAAGGAACACCCUCAAUGUCAUAAUCUUUUCAUCAUCAAAGGGGGUUUUGUUCCCAAAUCUUGCUUUUUAGGGUCCUAGGAUUGAAAGGGUUAUAAUGAUGGCUGCCGUGUGUUAUGAAAGACUGUAAAAUCACUUCCUUAGACACCAGAUAAAGCAAGUUAUAUGUCCUUAUUGUCUUCAGUGUUACUACUGUGUGGCAAACUUUGCUCCAUCUGUAAAUUGUGAAUUGAGAAAGAGGGUAUUAUCCAUACAGUGCAGAUGUUUACGUUGGACCCCUGAAAACAAUACCCAGCUUAUAUUAGCUUGGCCAGUUUCAACCAUGCUAUCCAAACAGCUGUCAUGUUUGACACCUCCAAGGUUCAGUUUCAACAGACCACCCUAAAGUCCUGUCGCAUCACAGUCCCAACAAAUUGAAAAUAAUAUCUGCCUCCGCUUGUCAGGUGGAUGGUGAAUUGGAAGCUGCAGAAGUGAGAGGAACUACAUCUCCUUCAUACUUUUUCACCAUUAUUCAUGAUUGACAUUAUUUUAAUAUAAUCUGCCCUGCAAAAACACUGUAGGAGACAUAAUCGGUCCAUGAAAUAUAACAAAUUGGACAGCACUGCCCCAACUAUGUUUUGCUGAAUUAGUAUAAUUAAGUUCAUUGUACAGAUUUAAAUGCACUGUUAUUCUAAUACAACGAAAAAGGUUUUUCAUGAAGAACCUUUUUGCUUUUCCGUUUUGCACAUCAGUAAAUCUAGAGAGCUGUUCAAAUAUAUGAAAGUUGAUGCUACAAAGGUUUUGUAAUAAAGAAUCUCCACUAUAUAACAGUGAACAUUAUAAGUAAUAAAGAUAAAUAAAAUAAUUACCUAGAUUGUUUUCCUUGUUAGAUGGAAGAAAUACUCUGGUUAAUCGACCGUUUGGUGUGAUCCUAAAUGGGCAAAAUGGAAAAAACAGGCCCAAUUAUGACCCUAUUUAGAGUGUGUAGCAGUAAAGGGUGCAUAAUCAUCAUUUUCAGCAGCCAAUCAGCAGCUGAAUUGUUUCAGCAUCAGAACUGAAGGAAGUAGCAAAGGACAAACAGAACAUGCUUAUGAUGAUUAUAAAUACUUUUAUUACAAAUGUUUAAUGAUUUUGUAAAGUUGCUUACAAUUAAAACUGAUUUCAU